UCCUCAGGGGAAAAAGCUAAAUCUUUUGGAAAUAUGUUAACUCACAAAUCUCUUUUACACAAUUGAUUUCGUGAGGCCUUGAGAUUCCCUGUUGCUAAUUCAUACACCUUUCUUUGUUUUGUACUCCUGAAUCGCUAACUUUCUCUAAUUUUCAACAUAUAGAGUUUCAUAUCAUGUACUUAGUUUCCCUUGGUUUCUCUCUCUUGAAUCCUUUUCAAUUCUUACUUUUUCUGCUCUGUAUCAUUUUCUUCCUCUAAACACUAACAUUUUGUCUUUCUGUGACGUGUUCUGGUUUCACUAGGAAGUUGUUGAGAGGAACAGCACUCAGUUGGAAGGCACACUGUUUCCACUCUGUAUAUUUUUCCAGGACACCGCAAGAUGGGAACUCUAUCACAUAUUUCAAGUUCAAGGGCUCAUUCUGAUGCCAAUGAAACUUUCCCAAACGAAUAGAGAUUUCCCAAACUAAUUUCAAAGCCUAUGAAAUUUAUGCUCUCAUUGACCAGUCAAUGCAAAAUCAAGGCUUAUUCUCCAACUGUGGCAGAAUUUUGAUUGCCCAAAGAAUCCCAGGUAUGAAAAUAUGUCCCAUGAAUAUUCUCAGAAUAUUUUCUCACUGCAGAAAUUAUUCUGUGUUUUUGUCAUUUUCAAUAUGACAUUUACUGUUUACAUAAACUGCAAUGCCUAUUAAAUGUGUGUGGGAGGACUUUAAAUCACAGGGAAUGUUCAAUUAUUGUAUAUCUCUCAAUUCUCAAUUUUCCAUGUGAAGUACAUGAGCACCAAUAACUGUGGGUUUUGCCAAAUACAUUCCUUACACACACAUAUAGUUCAUAGCAAGUCAAUAACCUCUUAGUCAUCUUUUUGCAAUGACAAUUUUUAAUUCAAAGAGAAUUCAUUUUACAAUUAUACUGAUUUAACAUACAUAGAAUAUAUGACUACUGCUACAGAAGAGUUGUGGACAGAUAGGUAACUUUAUUUUGUCCUUUUCAUCUCUUUUCAAAUAUCUCUCUUGUGAUUACGUUUGUGUUUUCAUUUUAUGAUGAAAAUGUCAGAGUUAUAUUGCAAAAGCAGAAUCAGUGAUUGAUACAUUUAGUAUCCCAGAGGGAUAGUUAGCACUCCAUUCUACUUCCUUGCAUCGGUGUAUUGCCAGUGUGUGGGAGGACUUUAAAUCACAGGGAAUGUUCAAUUAUUGUCUUUCAUCAAAGGGUGUAUGGAAGUUUAAAAAAAAAAACUCACAUAUUUCUGAUUGGUGAGGUUGUCUUCAAUCCUGUGGUUCCAAUUCCCUGGAACAUGUGUCAAUUAGGAUUCCAGUGAAAACCAUAGCAGCGUCUGAAAUGUUUGUCUUCCUUUUUUCCUGACAUUGCGCCCUCACUUCAAGUUAACUACUUCUUUCCUCCUUUUAUUUUCUCAACAAAUAUGAAGAAAAAAAUGCUAAUUCUCAUUAAUGUAUUUGUUUGUGUACAUGCAUAGUCAAAGUUUCAUCUGUUUUUGCACUUUCCCUAAAGUACGUAGACAUCUCUCUCUCACUGGACUUCCUUAUAUGUUUACCUGAUUUUCUCUCCUAUCUUGUCUUUGCUCUGAAUGCUGUCAUCUUCCUUUGCUAUUCAGUUAUCUCACAUUGUUGCUUCUUGGAUUUGUCUUUUGAUUGCGAUCUAUACAGAUAUUCCUUUUGAGCCACAUAAGCUUUAUUAAACAUACACAUCUGAAAUAUUGGCAUUUUCAAUAAUGAUAUGAACGUUUUGUCCAAGGUAUGUCAGGUGAUUUGAUAUAGACAAUUUCACUGCCAUGUGACACUUCCAGUCCUACUUUUCAUGGAAUUUGAUUAAAAAGAACAUUAGUUAGGCAUUGAUCAAAAUAGAAAUUAAAAAAAACCACAAAGUUGUGCCUUUCUCUGUUGGUGAAAAUGUUGUGACUAGAGGGAGCCCAAGUAAAUUUCCCUAUAGUAUCCCUAGAAGCAGUGCUUCAAGAUCCUCCCAUCUAGUAUUUAUUGUAGAAUAUAUAUUCAAUAAUACAUAUAAAUUAAAAGGCAUUGUAUUUAUAAAAUCAUACAAACUGAAUAAUAAAACCAUAACGAAUGUCUAAAAGGAUAAGAAAUGGACCACUAAUUUCACUAAUGUAACACCAUUUUCACAUCAGGGAGAAUCCUCUCUGGACAGAACUGGCUCAGUACCACUGCAUUUAUGUGUGUGUAUUUAGAGUGUGUAUGUGUGGGUGUGUGUGGGUGUGUAUUUGUGCCCUCAUAGGUUUAUUCUCAUGUAUAAAUCUUGCGUUCAAUUUGAAUGUUCUUCUCAUUUCCCAUGAUAUUUACAUUGAUCUCUCCAUUUUAAUUUCAGAACAACAUCAGAGAGAAUACGAGGAAACUGAGGGACGUGAGAAAAGUGUAGCGGAACGUCGGAAACUAUUUGAAAAACCUCAGGGAAAAAAUGAUGUUCCUGAAAAAAUAUUUGUACCUCAGGAAAGAAAUGUUAUGAAUAAACGUCAAGAAGAAAAGGAAAGAGAAGAGAUCAUGAGAAAGUCACAGGGGAUUCCUGUUUCAGGAAAUCCUCAGGGGAAAAAAGCUAAAUCUUUUGGAAAUAUGUUAACUCACAAAUCCCUUUUACACUACCGAUUUCUCAAGGCCUUGAGAUUCCCUGUUGCUAAUUCAUACACCUUUCCUUGUUUUGUACUCCUGAAUCUCUAACUUUCUCUAAUUUUCAACAUAUAGAGUUUCAUAUCGUGUACUUAGUUUCCCUUGGUUUCUCUCUCUUGAAUCCUUUUCAAUUCUUACUUUUUCUGCUCUGUAUCAUUUUCUUCCUCUAAACACUAACAUUUUGUCUUUCUGUGACCUGUUCUGGUUUCACUAGGAAGUUGUUGAGAGGAACAGCACUCAGUUGGAAGGCACACUGUUUCCACUCUGUAUAUUUUUCCAGGACACCGCAAGAUGGGAACUCUAUCACAUAUUUCAAGUUCAAGGGCUCAUUCUGAUGCCAAUGAAACUUUCCCAAAUGAAUAGAGAUUUCCCAAACUAAUUUCAAAGCCUAUGAAAUUUAUGCUCUCAUUGACCAGUCAAUGCAAAAUCAAGGCUUAUUCUCCAACUGUGGCAGAAUUUUGAUUGCCCAAAGAAUCCCAGGUAUGAAAAUAUGUCCCAUGAAUAUUCUCAGAAUAUUUUCUCACUGCAGAAAUUAUUCUGUGUUUUUGUCAUUUUCAAUAUGACAUUUACUGUCUACAUAAACUGCAACUCCUAUUAAAUGUGUGUGGGAGGACUUUAAAUCACAGGGAAUGUUCAAUUAUUGUAUAUCUCUCAAUUCUCAAUUUUCCAUGCGAAGUACAUGAGCACCAAUAACUGUGGGUUUUGCCAAAUACAUUCCUUACACACACAUAUACUUCAUAGCAAGUCAAUAACCUCUUAGUCAUCAUUUUGCAAUGACAAUUUUUAAUUCAAGGAGAAUUCAUUUUACAAUUAUACUGAUUUAACAUACAUAGAAUAUAUGACUACUGCUACAGAAGAGUUGUGGACAGAUAGGUAACUUUAUUUUGUCCUUUUCAUCUUUUCAAAUAUCUCUCUUGUGAUUACGUUUGUGUUUUCAUUUUAUGAUGAAAAUGUCAGAGUUAUAUUGCAAAAGCAGAAUCAGUGAUUGAUACAUUUAGUAUCCCAGAGGGAUAGUUAGCACUCCAUUCUACUUCCUUGCAUCGGUGUAUUGCCAGUGUGUGGGAGGACUUUAAAUCACAGGGAAUGUUCAAUUAUUGUCUUUCAUCAAAGGGUGUAUGGAAGUUUAAAAAAAAAAAACUCACAUAUUUCUGAUUGGUGAGGUUGUCUUCAAUCCUGUGGUUCCAAUUCCCUGGAACAUGUGUCAAUUAGGAUUCCAGUGAAAACCAUAGCAGCGUCUGAAAUGUUUGUCUUCCUUUUUUCCUGACAUUGCGCCCUCACUUCAAGUUAACUACUUCUUUCCUCCUUUUAUUUUCUCAACAAAUAUGAAGAAAAAAAUGCUAAUUCUCAUUAAUGUAUUUGUCUGUGUACAUACAUAGUCAAAGUUUCAUCUGUUUUUGCACUUUCCCUAAAGUACGCAGACAUCUCUCUCACUGGACUUCCUUAUAUGUUUACCUGAUUUUCUCUCCUAUCUUGUCUUUGCUCUGAAUGCUGUCAUCUUCCUUUGCUAUUCAGUUAUCUCACAUUGUUGCUUCUUGGAUUUGUCUUUUGAUUGCGAUCUAUACAGAUAUUCCUUUUGAGCCACAUAAGCUUUAUUAAACAUACACAUCUGAAAUAUUGGCAUUUUCAAUAAUGAUAUGAACGUUUUGUCCAAGGUAUGUCAGGUGAUUUGAUAUAGACAAUUUCACUGCCAUGUGACACUUCCAGUCCUACUUUUCAUGGAAUUUGAUUAAAAAGAACAUUAGUUAGGCAUUGAUCAAAAUAGAAAUU